GUUCUGUUUCUCUAGUAAAAAAAAUUAAAACAAUACAACAUGAACAUAACCUCAAAUAGUGCCCACGGACUGAUUAAACUACUUUUUAGCCAGGCAAGGUAUGGCGUUCUCAAGUAUUUUCUCUAGAGGACUUCAUGUAUCCGCACCAAGCCAUCAUGUAAUGAAGCUGACUCGUCUUAGAGUUGUUGACAACAGUGAGAUUGGGAUGAAGGCAAUGGCAGAGGGGAAGCCUCCCAAAUGUAUUCAUGUUUAUAAUAAAACUGGAAUAGGAACAAUCGGUGAUAAAAUAUUGGUAGCAAUCAAGGGAGAGAAACAUAAAGGUAUAAUUGUAGGAGUGAGGAAGAAGCAGCCUCCAAACGUCCCGUCGUGUGACACCAACAAUCUGGUACUGAUCGAUGACACAGGAUCGCCUCUAGGCACCCGGAUACACCUACCAAUACCAAUCAUGCUACGGACUAUCCUCAAGAAGAAAAAUAUUGUCAAAGGGGUAGAUUAUACUAAGUUGUUAGCUAUUGCUACCCAUUAUGUUUAACAGUCCAAGUGUUAAUUGUAUAUAGAUUGUAAAUUAAAUAAGAAAAUAUAA